AUGACUAUAGGUCGAAUAUUAACCUACAUAUCGACCAAAGUAGAAGCCCCUGCUGUCUGCAACAGCUGCAACUCAGUGAUCAAUGGAAGGAUAGUUACGGCGCUAAACAAGAAGUGGCACCCUGAACACUUCACCUGCAACACAUGCCGCAAGCCCAUUGAUGGCGCCAAGUUCCACCAGCACGAUGGUGGUGUCCACUGCGUGCCAUGCUUCGCCGCCCACCAUAGUCCCAGAUGCCAUGGGUGCGGCGAGCCCAUCACUGACCGCGUGAUCCAAGCUCUGGGAGUGUCGUGGCACGCUCACCACUUCGUCUGCGGAGGAUGCAAGAAGGAGCUCGGUGGCGGUGGUUUCAUGGAACAGGCUGGCAGACCAUACUGCUCAGCAUGCUAUGCUGACAAGUUCGCAGCCCGCUGCAACGGGUGUGGCAGCCCCAUCACCGACAAGGCCAUCAUCGCGCUGGACGCUAAGUGGCACCGUGAUUGCUUCACUUGCAUGAAAUGCAGAAACCCAGUGACAGACGCCACUUUCUCUGUCAUGGACAACAAACCACUUUGCGGCAAAUGCGCCUAAACGCACACAUUGACAUCAAACGCACACACUAUUAUAUUUACCACACACCCAUCGAGUAGCCAGGAGUAUGGAACCGACUACCGUAGCUUAUCGAUACGUUUGCUUCUCAAAGAUCGGAAGAUUUAAAAAGGGAACAUUUUUGUUUAACAAUUAUAUCGAUUUUAUAUUUAAAUCGAUUUUAAAAUCCGUAAUAAGGCAACGUCUAUCUAUCAUAGGUACAAUUUAUUCUUUGAAUAUCUUGGCAUGAUUCAUUUUACAAGCAAUGUUUCAACAAGUUUACGAUCUUUUAGAAUGCAAACAUUAGAAUGCUAAAAUAAAUAAUAAUAAAUUAGUUUUACGAUGUUACAAAGAUUACAAAAGGAUACAGCAGUUAUAUGACAGUAUUUUUAAGUAAUUACAUUUUGUUUCUUAAAGAAUAUAUUAAGGGAUGUAUGUUCAAGUCAUGCUGAACAACUUUUACGACGUAAAGUGUUGUUGUAGCAUUUUCCGAUGAAGUGUCAUCGCGGCCAUAUUGUGACAAGCAGUGCCAUCUAGUGGCAUACACUUAAACAAGCAAUGGUCGCUAUUUAUUACACGUUAGUUGCGCUAUGGCUGCACAUACUAUGCUACUUUAAAUAUAAGUUUUAAACGUUAAUUUAAACUUUGAAAAUUGUUGUAAAUAAUCGUAAUUAAAUUAUAAAAAAGUCACUGUGAUGCUUUUGGGCUUUCGAUUGUAUUUAUUCAAUUUAUUCAUUUCUUAUAAUAUUUACACAAUUUAAAGAUGUUAAAAUGAGCUAGAUUAUAUUUUAUACGCUUUCCCAAAAUGGUUAUUUUUUUCCAAUAAAUUAUUUUGUUUUUGACAACAUUCGUAUUUUAUUCACAC